GAUUAUCAUGGCGGCGGUACCUCUGCGGGAUCGGCUGAGCUUCUUGAGUCGGCUACCCACUCUGAUCAAAAGCACCGCUGAUGAUGAAAUCCCAUGCCCCGGAUACUUGUUUGAAGAAAUUGCUAAGAUCUCUCAUGAUUCAACAGGAAGCAGUCACUGUCUCCUUGAGUACCUCCUCAACCGCCUUCAGAACAACUCAUGCCAUGUCAAGUUGAAGGUACUCAAGAUCCUGCUGUAUAUGUGCACCCAUGGCUCCUCACACUUCCUUCUACAACUCAAGCGGAAUUCUUCUUUCAUCCAAGAAGCCACAGUGUUCUCAGGGCCGCCCGAUCCUCUCCAUGGCAACAGUUUAUAUCAGAAGGUGCGGAUGACUGCACAGGACCUGGCAAGCACUUUAUUUUCAGAUGCCUUGUUGCCUCCGCUUGCGACUCAGCCACCCAAAGAGCUGCCUUCAACAGGAAUGGGCUCCAGGCCCAGUCCCCACAGCUGCCUCCAAGGCUUUGGGUUUGAAAGAAGCAGCUCCACAUCCACAGGCAACGUUCUGCUAGCCACCAUCCAGAAAGCGGCUGAGGCGGUUGCUAGUGCCGUGCUCCCUAGUCAUGAGCUGGCCAGCCCCCAUGUGGGGGAGCUGAAGGAAGAUGCCUAUGAGCCGGUGAAGGCACCCUCUCCCGGUGAAAGCUGUGCGCUACCUGUAAAGAUGCCUCCUGUUGUUGCCCAGAGUAUGCGAGUGAACCAUCAGCCAGGGCAAGCAGGAGGGGGCUGGGAGGAGCUGGAGAGUGGACAAAGCUCCCAGAAUUCCUUGCAGGAAAACAGUGAGCUGAGCAGGAUGUCGGAUUCCUACAGCAAGGCAAGCAGUGACAAUCAGUCGUCUGCCCCGGAACCAGGGCAUGUUGCUGAAAGGAUGGAAGCAGAAAACCUCGGUGACUGCCUGCAGGAAGUGAGCCUUGUCAGCAGCGUCACUCAGGGCUCCAAAGUCUUCCUAACUCGUGAGGAGACACAGCACUUCCUCAAGGGGUGUGGGCGACUGAAUUGUGAGGUGGUCUUGGCUAUGCUCAACCGAACCCUGAAGGACCCCAGUGAGUGCAUCCGCAUGAGGGCCAUGUGUGCCAUCUAUUCUCUGGUGUGUUCUGACCUGUUCUCCCAUGAUCAGAUAUUUGCCAUUACCCAACAGCACUUGCUGGAGCUCAGUCAAGAGAGCCCUGGGCCUGUAGCCAACAAAGCAAGAAAGAUCUUGCGUCAAUUGGAAGCCCUGUGCAAGAACCACCCUACUUCCAAGAACUCUCCCCCUGCCGUCAACCUCUUUGUCCCCACCAAGACCCCAGCCAAGCAUACUGAUGAUCUGCUGACAGAUACAGUGCUUUUUGCAGAAGAGACUGUCCUCAAGCCUACCAGCCUGGCACCACUGCCCUCCCAAGCACCCAAUGCCCUUGCGAGCAUUAUGUGCCUUCCAAAAGAACUGACGCCAGAAUCUGGGUCCUGUAGUCAGCUGGGGGACUUGUCACCGUCUCUGUAUGAAGAGCAGACAGAACGCAGACUCCCAGGAUCUGAUGCCCCAGAGGACAGGCCCCCAAGGGGGGAUCCAGAUGGUACGGUUUCACUGUUUGCUGGCAUGGAGCUGGUAGUACCCUCAAGCAUGACGUUGGCUGAUGCUGCUGAGCCAGAAUGCAUUUCUUCGGCUCCACGGACAGCAUCUUGUACUGGGAACACUAGAGACAGUGAGGACAGCCAAGAAAUGUCUGCUUUCCCCUUUCUCAAUGUGUAGCGGGGCCUGUUUCAGAUUCAACUGUGGGGCAGCUGAGCUGGCACCCCAUUGACAUCUUGCCAGCUCCACCCCAUAUCUUGGUUGUUCGCUUUCUCCAUGUUACACAGAAGCCUCGAGUCAGGCAGUGCUUGUCCAUCCUGCUGUCUUUUUGUUUAUGUUACUGCUUAUUCCUGGAAAAGGGGUGGGUGGGUUGAAAGCAUCCACCUGUUCCUAUUGGGUCACCUGUAAAGAGAAUUGAAUCUCUUAUGUUUUCUCUUGAG